AUGUCUCGCGCUAAGGAGCGACUGAAAGGCGGGAACGAGACCAAGGACAGCGUAACGCUGCUGCCGUGCUUUUAUUUUGUAGAGCUCCCGAUCCUGGCCUCCUCAGUCGUCAGUCUUUACUUCCUGGAACUGACGGAUAUAUUCCAGCCGGUGCAUUCUGGGUACAGUUGCAAUGACCGCAGUCUGUCUCUUCCCUACAUCCUGCCCAGACAGGAAGUCUGCACACUGCCUCUGCUCCUUAGCUUGGCCUUCGCCGCUCCUACUGCAACUAUCCUCAUCGGGGAGGCCAUCCUGUACUGCUAUCUGUCCCGGAGGUCCUCGGCCUCGCAGACGGAGGCCAACAUCAACGCUGCCGGCUGUAACUUCAACUCCUACAUCCGCCGGGCCGUACGCUUCAUAGGCGUCCAUAUCUUCGGGCUUUGUGUGACGGCCCUGAUAACGGACAUCCUCCAGCUGUCCACCGGUCAACACACACCCUAUUGGCUGGACGUGUGCAAACCCAACUUGACCCACAUCAACAUGUCCACCUGUGAUGAAGCUUUUAUUCUGGAGGACAUCUGCUCCGGACAAGAUGUCGGGCUCAUCAACGCUGGGAGGAAGUCGUUCCCCUCCCAGCAUGCAACUCUGGCGGCCUUUGCUGCUGUCUACAUCUCAAUGUACUUCAACACGGUGCUGACGGACUCGGCCAAGCUGCUGAAGCCUCUGCUGGUGUUCUCCUUCGUCAUGCUGGCCAUCCUGGCCGGGCUGACCCGGAUCAUCCAGUUCAGGAACCAUCCUGCGGACGUCUACUGUGGCUGGCUGCUGGGGUCGGCCAUCGCUGUGUACCUGGGUGUCUACGCCGUGGGGAACUUCCACCCCAGUGAGGAUCGGUCAAGAUGUCGAGCGCCUGCCCCGACCCUGAGAGAGCCCCCCCCUUCUUCCCUACCCAACGUCAGCCAAUCAGCGAUAAGCAACAGCCACCAAGGUCACCGCUCCCUGGCUCCCAGCCAACCAGAGCCCAUCAUCACGAGGACCUCCUCCCACACUUUAUCCCCCAACCAACCAGAGCGCAUCCUGAAGCGCAGCGCCUCCUACCGAGAGCCGUCCCUGUCCAAUCUGAAGCGAGCCAGUGCCGAGGUGGAGGUGAUCACCCCAUCCAGUCCCCUGGGUAACCAUGACAACAUGAUGACCUUCAGCAGCAGCACACUGCCCAGGUCUCACGGAGGCUCCUCAUUGGAGGAAGGUCGCAUCCCACGCCGCCACGCCUCCAUCCACACAUCGAUGGACUCCACCCGAUCCAAACAACUGCUCAGCCAAUGGAAGAAUAAGAACGACAACAGGAAGCUGUCCCUGCAGGUGAUGGAUGGAAUAAGACCCGCCUCCUCCUCCUCUCCUCAGAGGAACAUGGAGCUGCGCUGCUCCUCUGAACCUUCUGCCAUGGGCCUGGAGGAGCACCGGGGUGGACUACACCUGCCUUCCCUGAUUGCUUUCCAGGAGACCGAUCUGCGAGCUGGGGCCCACAUCCCCGCUCAGUACAUGAAGCUAGCAGCCAGCUCUGUUCCUAUGGCCAAUCACAACCACCUGACCCAUAACGGCAGCACCGGAUUGGCUGCUGGAGCCAGAGUGUCUAUCCAAUCCCGACCUGGAUCUUCCCAGCUGGUCCACAUUCCUGAGGAGGAACAUCUCAACAGCAAGGACCAGGAAAGUGAAUCAGAGGACAGCCUGAUGGAUGGGGGCGGGUCCGUGAGGGAGAAGUGGCUGCGAGUGGCUGAGAAGACCUCCAUCCCCUGCAGGCCGCUCAGCGCUGGAGGGCAGCCUCGCCUCAUGCAGGUGAUAGCCUUAUCCAAACAGCAGGGUCUGCUUCACUCUGCUCGGUCUGAGGAUGGAGGAAGCACCGUCAGCUGCACUGGAUCCAUUCGGUACCGAGCCCUGACCGACCAGGACCCAUCACCACCGACCUCCACCACCGGAGCAGUGGGAGGAGGAGGUUUGGAAAGAAGUGGCAGUAUAGUCCGUGUUGACGCCCACCCAGAGUCCAGAUCAAACAAACCGGUGGUGAAACCACCGAGCACCGACGGAAGUGGCUCCUGGCGAUGGAAGCAACCAGAUCAACGCCCUUCGCUCCGACAGUCGGCUUUCGCCCUCAACGAGUUGAACAGACACACCGACAGCUGUGAUUCGCUGAGGGAUGGAGAGUCAGUGGAUGGGCGGAGGAGCGUGACAGGAACCGAAACUGAGAGCGAAGGAGGAGGAGAUGGAGGGGGAGAAGGAUUGGAAAUGGGUGGUGAAGGAGGUGUAUACACAAACCACCCACAUGUUGUGUACCCCUUACACCCCAAUAACCCCAACAACUUCCAGCACCCCAAUUUUAACCCCAACAAUCCAAACAACUUCAACCCCAACUCUGCCGAUUUCAACCCCAACACGCCCAACUCCAACAUGCCAUUCCCCCCAACUGCCACCUUUGCUCCUCCCUUCCACCCUCACCCUCAGGCCAUCACCACCAUCAGGGUCACCCCGGUGGAGGGAACGGCAGUCAGCAGUGACGGUGGCUCGGACUGCCAGUCGGUUGCUUCCUCCAGCCGAGAGUCCACCCUGCGGAGGACAAGUGGCUCCCAGUUCGCCCACGCCCCCGAUCGAGGGCCCACCCCCGACCCCCACAAUAACCACCGCCUCUGUGACGAUGGUAACCGCCUCGACAAUGAGAGCAGCAACCGGUUCCACGAAAAUCUUAGAAGUUUUCAAGAAAAUCCUAUCCAUCCGAAUCACCCCAACAGGCAGUUGCAGGGGAUGUAUGGCCGUCCCAGCCCAACCCCUCCCCCUACCUUACCACGCCCUUUCCUAAGUCACACUCCACCCCCUACUCUGGGGUUGGCCUAUAAAGAAUGACACGCCCGGUGUUAGAUUAAUUCACCUUUACGUGUGAUCAUGUGUCCAUGGCCAGUACAGCAUUUCAAUGGUGAUGCUGCAUGGUCCUUUCAGAACUAGAAACUAGAAUGGGCCAGAGAUGAAUUGUAUUUGGAUUCUCUGUCCACCAUCAUGGGUCAGCCAACAGAGGAGGCCAAACACAUGUCAGCUCAUACCACAGCAUCUCACCUGGCUAAUUAGGGGACACUAUGUAACCAAUGGAGUCCCCAAUCUAAUAAUUAUGAGGUCUUACAAGGAGAUGUACCGUAAGCUUAUCAAAACGUAUUAGCAAGGAGUUCAUGAUCCUCCUUGGGUCGAAAGCCAUAGAGACACAAUUAGCCCUGCCCAAAGUCUCCAACUGGCCAGUAAGAACGGACUAUAGUCAGGGCCCAACAUAAGAGGGAGGAGCUUUAAUAUCUUUUCUUUUUGAUUUAUUUUCUUUAUCUGGAUAAACCCAGGCAAUUUUUUGGUAAAUGUAAUAUAUUAAGUGCCGUUGCUUCAUAGGCACAAGGUAAAUGGACUAAAUACUGCUGAUCCCUUGACUCCACCCCCCACACUCUGUCCAAUAGGAUUCAGCCUCUCUCCCUGUCUGAUUCCUGUAUAUUACAUCAUCACAAUAUGUAUACAUACAGCAUAUUCCCAGCUUGUAUCCUUUAUUCAAACACAGAUAACUAUAUGAUACAUAGUUUACGAUGUACAUGCCAUUAGAUGUACAUGACGGUGUUGUACAUAGGAAUGUGGGCCGCAGUGGGAAGCCACGGGCUCACUGUUUCUUAGUUCAUGGAUAAGAACAAUAUCACGGGACAUACCUGUUGUUUCAAUAUAGUUCAACAAUCUUUCUGUUUUUUACAUGCUGUGAUUUAAUUGAUGUACAGUAUCUGCAUUAUGGUGACUGUUCAUUUCAGCAUGCGAGUCAUCUGAACUCAGUUAGUUUUCUCUCUUUGGUUCAUUUUUCUCCCAGUAUUACAUUUUUGUUUUUAUGGCAACUGUUGGGGGGGAAAAGGAUCUAUAAUAAUUUUGGCAUAAAGUUGUGAUAUCUUUUAAUAAAAGGGUUACAUUGUGACCAGACCAAGUUAUAGUAAUAUGC